CAAGUAACUGCUUAAGUUGAGAAAACUACGAAAACGAGUAAAUUACAGAAAACACAGGGUUGCUUCCUCCAUUUUUUCUCCAAUUUCGUGUAUUCAUCGUUCUAAUUCCCAAAAAGAAUUAGAGAAGAUGCCCUCAGCUCAAGAUCCAUUUUACGUUGUCAAAGAAGAGAUUCAAGAUUCUAUUGAUAGGUUGCAAUCUAAUUUUCACCAAUGGGAAAACACAUCUGAUACUGGGGAGCAUUUGCACCUUUCAAAGGAAGUUAUUGCUGCUUGUGGAAGUAUUGAGUGGCAGGUAGAUGAAUUGGACAAAGCAAUUUCUGUUGCAUCUAGAGAUCCUUCUUGGUAUGGCAUUGAUGAUGUGGAGAUUGAAAACCGGAGGAGGUGGACCAGCAAUGCUCGUACCCAGGUGCGCACAGUUAAGAAAACGGUGGAAUCUGGAAAGGGCUCCAAUACAACAAGUCAUGCAAGUAUAAAUGGGAUGCACAAGGAAUUAAUGAGGCUUCCUGAUUCUCAUCAAAGUACAUCCAACAAAUACACCGCUGGGGAUAAUGAUGAUUUUAUAGAAUCAGAAUCAGAUAGGCAGAUGCUUCUUAUAAAGAGGCAGGACGAGGAGUUGGAUGAGCUUAGUUUAAGUGUACAAAGAAUUGGAGGUGUUGGACUUACAAUACAUGAAGAACUCCUUGGGCAGGAAAAGAUUUUAGAUGAACUUGGCAACGAGAUGGACAGUACAUCCAAUCGUCUAGAUUUCGUUCAAGUGAAAAAGAGUGGCAAUGGUGAUGAAGAAGGCAAGUGUGAAGGGCCAGAUCAUGAUGAUAUUGGGUUUGCUAGCACUGUUCAUUUUCCUUUUUAUCUUGGUAUUCUUCACCUAGAUCAUUUCUGAAAAGGGAUCCAAGUUUGAGAAGAUAAAAGAUUAAUGGUACAUGUCUAUGCUCAAAUUGAAACCUCUUUGGUUUAUUGAAGACAGUAGAGAAUUUUGAUUGUGAUGAAAAGGGUAGCAAUGUGGUUAAAAGUAUCAUAAGAGAGGAUUUUGAUUUGAACAAGUUGUUUGAUCACAAAUAUGAUCUUUUAAUUAGUAUUAGUAUAAUCGUUUUUAAAAUGAUUUUUUCACUUGCAUGUAAAUGUAAUGUAAUGCUUGAUGGCUAUACCAUAAUAUCUUAUGAUCUCAUGCAAAAAUAACCUUAAUAACCCACCUCAGCACAUUAUAUAUUCUGUCACUCUUGCGGCA